CCCCAAGACACUUCGUCCCGAACAUCACCUUCGGCCACCCCGUCGUGGAGAGCCUGCGCAAGCGGCUGGGCCAGGAGCCCUUCUUCGACAUGCACAUGAUGGUGGCCGCGCCAGAGCAGUGGGUGAAGCCCAUGGCGGUGGCUGGUGCAAACCAGUACACCUUCCAUCUAGAAGCGACGGACAAUCCCGGGGCGCUGAUAAAGGACAUUCGGGAGAACGGCAUGAAGGUUGGCUUGGCCAUCAAGCCUGGCACUACAGUUGAACACUUAGCACCUUGGGCCAAUCAGAUAGACAUGGCUUUGGUGAUGACAGUAGAACCUGGGUUCGGAGGACAGAAAUUUAUGGAAGACAUGAUGCCAAAGGUUCAGUGGCUGAGGACACAGUUUCCCUCCUUGGAUAUAGAAGUGGAUGGAGGAGUUGGGCCUGACACCAUCCAUAAGUGCGCAGAGGCAGGUGCCAAUAUGAUUGUGUCUGGCAGUGCUAUUAUGAAGAGCGCAGACCCAAGGUCUGUGAUCAACCUCCUCAGGAAUGUGUGUUCAGAAGCAGCCCAGAAGCGCAGUCUGGAUCGGUGAGACCUGCCCAAGCCGUGUUCCAGAAGGCUCUGGGCAUGCAGGAGAACCCUCUUCUUGUGCAUAAGCGAGGGCUGGAUGAACACCAACUACAGAAACUUCUUGCUGCUCAACAGAGGAAUCAUUCCUUCGCUGCAAUGAAGCAAGCAGCAGUGGGAAACAUUCUGGCUGUCUUUCAGGGUUGGAAAUGCAAUGGUUUGAACUCGUGUCUUGAUUUUGUGGAGGCUAAUUUCGUGGCACAACCUCUAAUGCUGACUGGAUUGAACUACAGUCAGUUUGUUGCUUGCUAGAAGAGUGUAGCAUUGCCACAAGAAGCUCUCUUGUGGAAGACUCUUAAUCAAACUGCCUUCUGCUGUCUGUAUUUUGUCAUUUGAUCUGUGCAUUCCUACAAAACUUUUCCACUACUGCAUUAAACACCCCUUCCUUCCUGUGUUAA